AUGGCCGCCAACACUACCUCCGGCGCUGUUGACCAGCUUGCCACCGACCUCAACAACACCUCCCUCAAUAAUGGCAGCGGCGAUGCCAAGCCCACUGUCGACACCACGGUCGGCACUGCAGGCUCCGAAGACGCCUCUGCUCCCACUCCUAGCUCCGCUGCUCCCCAUCCUCAGAACUCCGCCUCUCUCUACGUUGGAGAGCUUGAUCCCUCUGUCACCGAGGCCAUGCUCUUCGAGCUCUUCUCCCAGAUCGGUGCUGUCGCCUCCAUCCGUGUCUGUCGUGAUGCCGUCACGCGUCGCUCUCUGGGCUAUGCCUACGUCAAUUACAACUCUACUGCUGAUGGAGAGAAGGCUCUGGAGGAGCUCAAUUACACCCUCAUCAAGGGCCGCCCGUGCCGCAUCAUGUGGUCUCAGCGUGACCCUGCUCUCCGCAAGACUGGCCAGGGCAAUGUCUUCAUCAAGAACUUGGAUGUUGCCAUUGACAACAAGGCUCUCCAUGAUACCUUUGCUGCCUUUGGCAACAUUCUGAGCUGCAAGGUUGCCCAGGACGAGAACGGCAACUCCAAGGGCUAUGGUUUUGUCCAUUACGAGACGGACGAGGCUGCUCACCAGGCCAUCAAGCACGUUAAUGGCAUGCUUCUCAACGAGAAGAAGGUCUACGUCGGUCAUCACAUCCCGAAGAAGGACCGUCAGAGCAAGUUUGAGGAGAUGAAAGCUAACUUUACCAACAUUUACAUCAAGAAUAUCAGCACUGAGGCCUCCGACGACGAGUUCCGUGAGCUCUUCGAGAAGUAUGGUGACAUCACGUCUUCUUCUCUUGCCCGUGAUCAGGAGGGCAAGAGCCGUGGCUUCGGUUUUGUCAAUUUCACCACCCAUGAAAGCGCCGCCAAGGCUGUCGAGGAGCUCCACGGUAAGGACUUCCGUGGCCAGGACCUUUACGUUGGCCGUGCCCAGAAGAAGCAUGAGCGUGAGGAGGAGCUGCGCAAAUCAUACGAAGCUGCUCGUCUGGAAAAAGCCAAUAAGUACCAGGGUGUCAACCUCUACAUCAAGAACCUUGAUGACGAUGUGGAUGAUGAGAAGCUCCGCCAGAUGUUUGCCGAGUUUGGCCCCAUCACCUCCGCCAAGGUGAUGAGGGAUGCUCCUUCCGAUGGAUCCGACGACGAUAAGGAGAAGGAAGAAGACAACGAGAAGGAGCCUGAGGCCAAGGAGGAAGCCAAGGAGACCGAGGAGGAAGACGCCGACAAGAAAGCUGAUAAGAAGGGUGACAAGAAACUUGGUAAGAGCAAGGGCUUUGGUUUCGUCUGCUUCAGCAAUCCUGAUGAUGCCACCAAGGCUGUUGCUGAGAUGAACCAACGCAUGAUCAACGGCAAGCCCCUGUAUGUUGCUCUGGCUCAGCGCAAGGAUGUUCGCAAGAGCCAGCUCGAGGCCAGUAUCCAGGCUCGCAACCAGCUGCGUAUGCAGCAAGCUGCUGCCGCGGCCGGUAUGCCUCAGCAGUACAUGCAGCCUCCCGUUUUCUACGGCCAACAGCCGGGCUUUAUACCACAAGGUGGCCGUGGUAUGCCAUUCCCUCAGCCUGGCAUCGGCAUGGGCGGUGUCCAGGGUGGUCGACCUGGUCAGUUCCCUGGCUACCCUCAGCAAGGUGGCCGUGGUGGUGUUCCCCAGCAGAUGCCCCCCAACAUGUACGGUAUGCCCGGACAAUUUCCUCCCCAGUACGGCCAACCCGGCACUCCUCAGUUCAUGGCUGCUAUGCAGGCUCAGCAGGCUGCCAUGGGUGGUCGCGGCGCUCCUCAGGGUGGCCGUGGUGUGCCGCCUCCUAACGCUGGUCCUGGUGGUAUGCCUGGAUACCCGCCCAACAAUCGUCAGGGUGCUGGCCGUGGAAAUGGCCGUAACAACAACGCCAAUGGUCCCAAUCAGGCUGGCCGGGGCGAGGGAAACAAUGCCUCUGUGCUGCAGUCUCAGCUUGCCGGUGCCCAACCCGCCCAGCAGAAGCAGAUCCUGGGUGAGAUCAUCUUCCCCAAGAUUCAGGCCAUCAAUUCUGAGCUUGCCGGAAAGAUCACUGGUAUGCUCUUGGAGAUGGAGAACAGUGAGCUCGUCAACCUGAUUGAGGAUGACGUUGCUCUGAAGGCCAAGGUCGACGAGGCACUUGCUGUCUACGACGAGUACGUCAAAUCACAGGGCAACGAAGGUGCCGAGGCGGGCGAGGCUAAGAAGGAAGAAGAGACCAAGGCUUAA